GGAAGCGGGGCGGAAGUAGCACCAUGGCGGCUGGGUUCAAAACUGUGGAACCUUUGGAGUACUACAGAAGAUUUUUGAAAGAGAACUGCCGUCCUGAUGGAAGAGAGUUAGGUGAAUUCAGAGCGACCACUGUCAACAUAGGUUCCAUUACUACUGCAGAUGGCUCUGCCUUAGUGAAGCUGGGAAAUACCACAGUAAUAUGUGGUAUCAAAGCGGAAUUUGCAGCACCUCCAGUUGAUGCCACAAGUAAGGGAUACAUUGUUCCUGAUGUGGAUCUCCCACCCCUCUGCUCAGCAAGAUUUCGUCCCGGCCCUCCAGGGGAAGAGGCUCAGGCAGUCAGCCAGUUCAUUGCAGAUGUAAUUGAAAACUCACAGAUAAUAAUGAAAGAAGAUCUGUGUAUUGUGAAUGGCAAGCUUGCUUGGGUGCUAUACUGUGAUAUCAUAUGCUUGGACUAUGAUGGAAACAUUUUAGAUGCCUGCACGUUUGCUUUGUUAGCAGCUUUAAAAAAUGUACAGUUACCAGCAGUUGCUAUAAAUGAAGAAACUGGUUUAGCAGAAGUUAACUUAAAACAGAAGACUCCUUUGAAUAUCAGGAAGUAUCCAGUUGCUACUUCGUUUGCUAUAUUUGAUGACACAUUACUCAUUGUUGAUCCAACUGCAGAAGAGGAGGAUCUGGCAACUGGAACUGUAACAAUUGUAACUGAUGAAGAAGGCAGGCUGUGUUCUGUUCAUAAGCCAGGUGGAAGUCCCCUGACUGGAGCAAAACUUCAGGACUGUAUUACCCGGGCAAUUACAAGACACAAAGAAGUGAAGCAGCUGAUGGACAAAGUGAUAAAAAGCAUAAAAUCACAAUAAAUGCAUGCCAAUUUCUCUUCAAAAUGGAUUUGUAAAAAUUGUAUUUGUUACAGUGUUCACAAACCUUUUAUACUAAAUAAACAAAUACCAAUACUA